UAGCAAAAUAACAGUAGGGGUUUAAUAAAAGUAAAAUGUGAUCAAGGAUAAGGAAUAUGAAAGAGGUCACAGUAUACUGCCAGCCUUCAUUUAAAUGAGAGUUCCCAAGUCCAGCCUAGAGGCCUAUCCGAAGCCAGACUCUGAAACGGUAGUCGAGAAGUAACCUUGAUCCAUUAUUGAGUUAUUUGGCGUUCGGUUUCUGUAUAUCCCUGUGACAACCGUCACCAUGGUAGAUCUCAAUCCAUUAUUAACCAUGUUGGUAUCUUGUUUUAGUUCACAUGGGCACACCUGGCCCAGGGUUUAACCUCGUCCAUCGGGAUAUAAUGGUUUGAUAAUUGCACUUUAUUUGGGCCUUGCUUCGAAAUAGUGCUUGUGGCCUCCACUUGCAUGAGAUUCUAACAAGAGCCAUGUAAGUCCUUUCGUAUGUGUUUCAAUGGACCGGGCAGAGCUGAAGCGGGACAAAGAGCCGUCUGGGGGGAAAACGGUCCGGUUUCGGGUGGCGUCUGCGAACAGCGGCCGCGUGCUGACGGAGGUGUUCAAGGACACGACGACGGCUUGGUGCGGCUCGGCGUCGGACUCGGUGGACUCCGACUGCGCCAGCAACCCCGAGACGGAGGGCCGGGAGAGCCGAUCGUCGGUCAGCGAGGCCAAUAGCCACCUGAACGGCCUCGCUGGAGCCGCCAUGGCGGCGGCGGCGGCGGACGAUGACGACGGCGGCGGCGGCGGCGCGUGCGAACCCGACGACCUGCUGCUCUACGCCAGUGCCAAGAGAGAGCAACUCUUCAGCAACAAGCGCAUCAAUAUCUGCAGCAAGAACGGGACUAUACGAGGCGUGAGGAACAAGGUCAACGCGGGUCAAGUGCUUUUUAACAACCUGUCCGGCAUGUACUACGGUAACAAUCGUGGCAACAGAUUUCAGAAAAUUCGACCAUGGGAAAAGGAGUAGAGAGAAGAGAAUGGAAGUUGUCGUAUGAUUUGUUGGGUCGUUAUUUUAUGUUUGUAUAAUGUAAUAAGAAGAUAUAGCACAAGGCAUGGUAAUCUGCAGAUGUAACUUUAAACCUAUCGGCUCAUAUGAAUGAAGCCAGACAUCGAUGGGCAUCACAAGUUUUAGAACAGAUUUGGGAAAGAUCAGCAUCCUAUCUUGUUUUAUUGAGUUUUCCUGAAUUGCCCUGAUUUCAAUUUUGUAUUUGUAUUUUUUAAUAUUUUAUAAAAAAAUAUAUAGUUUAGAACACAUACAUUUACGUUGCAUGUUGUUUUGUAAACGAUAUUGUUUCAAUUUUAAUGAAUAUGUCAUACUAUACUGACAAACUUCAUUUAUUUGUGAGCAUUCAUAGCAUGUUUACUAUGUUUAAUAAUUUAAGAUGCUAUUAAAUGAUAGGCUAUAACAUUUUUUGUUCCAUGUCUUUUUGUAAUUUACAUUUAAAUGCCCUCAAUGUAUAUUUUUGAUAUUAGGCUACGAUUCAAUUUCAAUGUCUUAAUGAUUAUCUUCGGUCACUGAAUGUUUGAAAAUAAUUGUAGAAAAAAUAAUGCUUAAGAUUCAAAGGAAGCAAGAAAAGCAUGGACAUUGCAACGCUUCAAUUAUCGUCUUUUUAUCUCAGAAACCAUAAAAAAAUUAUUAGUUCUCUUUUACCAACUACGGUCCAACUUCUUUUUUUACUCUGUAAUGCCACCUGCUGGCUUUAUUAGGUCUUGCUAGGGACUCUUAUUUGAACACAAAGGAACCCCUUGUUUACAGAUCCCCAAGGACCAGUAGGUAAAAGCUAUUGUUAAUAUGUUCAUUUAAGCUAUUAAAAAAAGUAUAAAAUAAAAAGCA